AUGGAAGAAAUCAAAAAUUGUAGCUUGUCACUAGAUUCACAUCCAAGUUGUAUUAUGACGGCUAAACUAACGCUUUGUCAAGCACUACGCGCCGUAGCAGUUCAACGUGCGAUGGCGAGCACUAAUGUGUCACCGGAUAUGGUGCGAUUUAGGUCGUCUGUAAUGAAUAGUUCUGGAGCGAAGCUCAACCGUUAUGGAGGCCGCCACAGUGUAACUGUUCUUCCUGGCGAUGGGAUCGGGCCAGAAAUGCUAGAACACGUGCAGAAGAUCUUCAAUUACGCACAGGUACCCGUAGAUUUCGAAUGUGUGCACCUAUCGUCUAAACCUGACUCUACGGAUGAUCUCGAACAAGCUAUUAUAGCUAUUAAGAGGAACGGAGUUGCUCUUAAAGGUAAUAUUGAAACUAAAUUUGACGAUCCGAUGUUCAAGUCACGUAAUGUCGAACUCAGACGGGAAUUGGAUCUUUUCGCAAACGUAUUGCACUGCUCUAGCAUUCCUUCCGUUCCUAGCCGACAUACCAAUAUCGACAUGAUCAUUAUCCGUGAAAAUACCGAAGGUGAAUAUUCUGGACUGGAACAUGAAACUACUCCUGGCAUUGUUGAGAGUUUAAAAAUUGUGACUCGUUCGAAAAUUGAACGGAUCUCUCGAUUUGCAUUCCAGUAUGCGAAGAAGUAUGACCGUAAAAAGGUUACAGCUGUGCAUAAAGCAAAUAUUCAGAAACUAGGUGAUGGUCUUUUCCUUCAGGUUUGCAAAGAAAUUGGGGAGAGGGAGUAUCCUGAAAUCAAGUUUGAAUCAAUGAUUGUUGACAACGCAUCGAUGCAGCUGGUGUCUCGUCCUCAACAAUUCGACAUAAUGCUAAUGCCGAAUUUGUACGGCAACAUUAUAUCUAACAUUGCAUGUGGUCUGGUAGGCGGUCCUGGACUCGUCUCGGGAAUGAAUAUCGGGAACGAGUAUGCUGUCUUCGAAACUGGAACGAGGAACACCGGUACGUCACUGGCUGGAAAGGACAUGGCAAAUCCCACCGCUUUCAUCCGCGCAGCUGCUGACAUGUUAAGGUACUUUGCACACACCUUUAUUUGA